UCUCUUUCACGACCCACUCCGCCUCGCCUCCACUCCUCUCCUCUCCGCAUCCUCCUCAUCGCCUCCGCUUCUGCUUUUUUUUUUCUUUUUUCUCGUUGAUCGGUUUGUUCGAUCAGAUCGGUUCUUUGGAGAGAUGGAGCAGUCCUUCAUCAUGAUCAAGCCUGACGGCGUCCAGAGAGGCCUGAUUGGAGACAUCAUCAGCAGGUUCGAGAAGAAAGGAUUCUACCUGAGGGGGAUGAAGUUCAUGAAUGUGGAGAGGUCCUUUGCACAGCAGCACUAUGCCGACCUUUCCGACAAGCCCUUCUUCCCUGGGUUGGUGGAGUACAUCAUCUCUGGCCCCGUCGUUGCGAUGGUUUGGGAAGGGAAGGAUGUUGUUGCCACUGGCCGCAGGAUCAUUGGGGCCACCAGGCCCUGGGAGGCAGCCCCCGGCACCAUCCGUGCUGACUAUGCCGUGGAAGUUGGCAGGAAUGUCAUCCAUGGGAGCGACUCCGUGGACAACGGGAAGAAGGAGAUCGCUCUCUGGUUCCCUGAAGGUUUAGCUGAGUGGAGGAGCAACCUUCACCCUUGGAUCUAUGAGUCUUAGAGCUUCGCGCCUAUAAUCGAUCACCUCUUGGUGGCUAGUUCUCGUUAAAUAUUUGAGUUUUGUUUCAGAGUUGUCAUCUGGCUGCCUCCUGAGUCACCAUUAUAAUUCUGCUGUGAUACAAUCACAGUUAUAUGUUGCCUGAACUUAUAUGGCUUUUUAAGUUUCUGGAUUGGAUGUGAUGGGAAAAUAAUACUAGCAGUCAGUUUUUGCUUAUAAAUGUCGUAAUAUCUUAAUCA